AAAUAGAUGAGUUAAAGGAAAUUGUUUAGAUACUAUAUUGAUCAAAGCAUUCAAUAGUAAUAAGAAUAGAAAUUAUUCCUUACAAGAGUCAAUAGAUGGAGAUUCAACACUUUAGAUAAAUCAAAUUGUAUAAAAUAUUAUGAAUUAAAUUAGUCUUGAAAUCUACUAGACCCAUUAAACCCAUAUUAUUUGGUUUAGCUUGUUUGGCAGUUUAUGGUACUGUAAAUGUUUAUAAGUAGAUUGGACAUAUGGAUUUUAUCGUAUUGAUGAGCAUCAUUGAUUUAUUAUUAACAAUAAAUAUAUAUAUAAAUAACA